AUGGAGGCGACGCCCACUCCUCGUACGAGGGUACCGGCUGCUCGGCUCUCGCCAGUACACCUCCGGCGGCGCUCGCAUGCGUACACGAUCCCCGAUCGCGUCAUCAGUGAAUCUGUGCUAAAUGGAACUGAUCAGUCAAUGUUAAAGAACACAAGUUACGAGGACAAAGAAGUGACAAACAUGGCGAUACAAAGUGUGUCAAGAUACCCUAGCAGCCCAGCGGAAGCAACGGAACCACCGAAAGCGUCGAGAAUUAGCUUCAGCGUGGCAUCGAUCCUGGCUGAUUCAAAGGCGAACCAAGUAGAUGAGACGGCCGAGAUGAUAAGGCAUCACAGAAGUAUACCCGAAUCACCGUUGCGACAAUCGCCGUCUGCGCAGCCCGAGUUGCCUGGUGGGAAAUCUCCAAGACCGUCUUCGCAAACACCACCUUUAAACUUAAACGCUUCAGCAACGGUCACAUCAUCUGAUGAAGAAUACGAAGACUCCGUAAAUCAAGAAGACUCGAUAGUAGACGUAGAGGACCUGCAGAAUAUACCUAGUGAAGAUGAGGAAAGGACGGGGAAUGAUAAAGGAAGAUUAGUUCGGCCGACUCCUUUCAGCGCGUUGGCGGCGGCGGCAGUAGCCUACCAUGGGUUGGGAUGGCCAGGUCCACCUUCAGUGGUGCCGUCUUUUGGGCCACUUUUCCAGUCACAUUUUCCAGUUGGACAUUUAACAGGUUAGUGGAAAACUUUUCCGGAUUAUUUUGUAAGAUUUUAACUCCGAUAGAACUUACUUCCGAGGAAGAUAGUUAUGCUUAUUUCAUAGCUUUUUUAAGUUGUUUUUUUUUCUUUAGUCGUAGUCUGAAGUUGAUAACCUUUUGUUAUAAGAUUACUUUAUGUGCUUUAGCUAUAAAAUUAGUGUUGGUAAUAUUGGAAAACCAACAGUUUAAACGAAUAUAUUUGUGAAUAAUUAUGAAUAACUAUAAUGUCAACGUCGGUCAUUAUAGUUAGUCGGAUUACUGACGUAUAUGACAAAGUCAAUAGGAUAAAUUUUAAAUUAUUUCUAUAAAUUAUAUAUCACUAAUUUACAUAAUUAGACCACAAAAGUCCAAUUAAGACUCAUGGAGUGCUCACGCAACUCUAUUAAUAAAUCAAUUAAUAAUAAACUGAA